GGGGUCGUGGUAUGGAGGGGGGCACCUGUGACGUUGCCCUGGCGGUUGCGUCCGGACGCCACGCGACGUCACGGGAGGGGGGCGGGGUUCUGGAAGGGCUGGGCACCUGAGCUGCGGGGCUCUGGCUGUUUCCCCCCGCCCCCUCAGCCCUUCACACGCCCGCCCUCUUUCCUCUCUUCCUUCCCUCUUUCCCUCCUUCCCUCCCUCCCUUCGUCCCUCCCCCUUUCCUUCCCACAGCCCCUCCCCCUUCCUUCCUCCUCCCUCCCCUUCUCACACUCAAGGGGAGGGGGGAGUCUGGGGUGGGGAAAAAGGAAAAAAAAAAAGUACGGGCUGGUGUCCCGGCGGCGGGGCUGGGCCCGUGAUCCCCUGGGGCUGGUCCGACCCAGGCGGCGGCGGCGGUGGCUCUAAGUCCGGAGGAGGGCAGCGGCGGCGGCGGCGGUGGCGGAGGAGGAGGCGGACCGCCUUACAUGCAUCCAUUGCCGCUCUUCGCCGAGAUGGAUUUCAGUCAGAACAGCCUGUUCGGCUACAUCGAGGACCUACAAGAGCUCACCAUCAUCGAGAGGCCGGUACGUCGGAGCCUCAAGACACCAGAAGAAAUAGAAAGACUAACAGUUGAUGAAGAACUCAAUGAUAUUGAAAGGGCUGUUUAUCUACUCAGUUCUGGUCAAGAUGUCCAAGGAACAAGUGUGGUUGCAAAUCUUCCCUUCCUGAUGCGACAGAACCCUGCAGAGACACUUCGAAGGGUUUUACCAAAAGUCAGAGAAGUCCUGCAUGUUGCAGGAGUGGAAAUGCAAUUAACUGCUGCAGCUUCAUUUUUGACUAUUCUACAAGAGGAAUCAGUGUCAAUUCAAAAUUAUUCCCACUCAUUCCUACAUAUCAUUCUACAGCAUGUGGAGCACAGGGAUACAGGUGUCAGUAAUGCAUGGCUGGAAACUCUUCUAUCAGUAAUAGAAUCUUUGCCAAAAGAAACCUUAAGACAUGAGAUUUUGAACCCACUUGUUUCCAAGGCACAAUUAUCCCAAACACUCCAGUCUCGUUUAGUUAGCUGUAAACUUUUAGGAAAAUUGGCCAACAAAUUUGAAGCCCAUAUCAUUAAAAGAGAAAUACUUCCUCUGGUGAAAUCCCUCUGCCAAGAUGUAGAAUAUGAAGUUCGAUCUUGUAUGUGUCGACAGUUAGACAUUAUAGCUCACGGUAUAGGGACAGAACUAACCAAAAGUGUUGUGCUUCCUGAAUUAAUAGAACUAGCUAGAGAUGAGAGCAGCAGUGUAAGACUUGCAGCAUUUGAAACUUUAGUUAAUCUGCUUGAAAUGUUUGAUGCAGAUGACAGAAGUCAAACUAUACUUCCUUUAGUAAAAUCAUUUUGUGAAAAAUCUUUCAAAACAGAUGAAACGAUUCUUCUUUCUUUAUCUUUACAUUUAGGGAAACUAUGCCACGGAUUGUAUGGAAUUUUGACUCCAGAUCAGCACUUGAGAUUCUUGGAGUUUUAUAAGAAACUCUGCACAUUGGGUUUACAACAGGAAAAUGGGCAUAAUGAUAAUCAGAUUCCACCUCCAAACCAAGAGCAGGAAAAGAGAUAUGCGUCAGUGCGAAAGAACUGUGCUUACAACUUUCCAGCCAUGAUUAUUUUUGUGGAUCCUAAGAACUUUCAUAUGGAGCUUUAUUCCACAUUCUUCUGCCUUUGUCAUGAUCCUGAAGUGCCAGUGAGACACACUAUUGCUAUUUGCUUCUAUGAAGUGUCUAAGCUUCUCAGUACUGGAGUAUAUUUAAUAUAUAAAGAAUUAAUUGCACUAUUACAGGAUGAAUCACUGGAGGUCUUAGAUGCACUUGUAGAUCAUCUUCCAGAAACCCUAGAACUUUUGACUACUGGUGGUGAAAGCAGUGUUCAAGAAAACAAGUUAUUGGCUGUACCCGACUUGAUUCCAGCUCUGACAGCAGCAGAACAGCGUGCAGCAGGCUCUUUAAAAUGGAGAACCCAUGAAAAGAUACUGCAAAAAUAUGCCUGCCUGCCUCAUAUCAUAUCAAGUGAUCAGAUUUAUUAUCGUUUUUUACACCGAAUGUUCACAAUCAUGAUGACCAAUAAUGUCUUACCUGUACAAAAGGCAGCAUCUCGAACUCUUUGCAUUUUUCUACGGUAUAAUCGUAAACAAGAACAGAGACAUGAGAUCAUUCAGAAAUUAAUUGAACAAUUGGGUCAAGGAAAAAGCUACUGGUAUAGACUUCGGUUUUUGGACACCUGUGAAUUUAUUAUCGAGCUCUUUUCCAAAUCAUUUUUCUGUAAAUAUUUCUUUCUACCUGCUCUUGAGUUGACACAUGACCCAGUAGCAAAUGUGAGAAUGAAACUCUGCUACCUUUUGCCCAAAGUGAAAUCUACUCUCAAGAUUCCUGCGGACAAACAUUUACUUCAGCAGUUAGAAUUGUGUGUAAGAAAACUCCUCUGUCAAGAAAAAGAUAAAGAUGUUCUGGCUAUUGUAAAACGAACUGUAUUAGAGUUGGACAGAAUGGAAAUGUCUAUGGAUGCUUUUCAAAAAAGAUUUUAUGAAAAAGAUUUAUUGGAUCAAGAGAAAGAAAGAGAAGAGCUCCUUCUUUUGGAAAUGGAGCAAUUAGAAAAAGAGAAGCAGCAGAAUGAGGGAAGACCUAGUAGUGAUAAAAUCUUUGAAAAGAAACGUAGAGACAAUAAAACAACAGCUGUUCUUCCGAAAACCAUUCCUAUGAGUGUUGCUGGAUCAUCUUCAUGCACCCCCUCUACAAGCAAAGAAAUUAAAAAAUCCAAAUUGGUAAGAAGCCAAUCCUUCAGUAGUCAAGCUCUUCAUCCUAAAUAUGGCAAUUUAGAAAAGUGUACUGGUAAAAAUUCUACAACAGGAUAUGCUUCUGUCUCAGGGAUUGGAAAGCCUUCUGUGCUUUCAUAUACUGAUGAUUCAUUCCGGACUCGUAAUUCCAGUGGUAAUAUAUCUCCUUAUUCUUCUAAUACCUCCUUACCAAGUACCUCCCGUAAUAUGAGUAACUCAGUUGAUCAAAAGAACAAUGGAAGUAAAGAUGCUCAGCCUCGAAAGGCUACCUUAAAAUCUAGAAAAUCAAAUCCUUAGAUCACCUGAUAGGCAAGGAAGAAAACCAAAGACAACUGGAGGUAAUGGGAUUGCUCAGCUGAAGCAGGAGUGACCGCUGGGACUUUUUAUGAAUGAAUUGGAGAGACUUCAUUGCAUCUGAUGUUGUUAAGCCUUCCAUAUUUGAAAUUAGAUUCCCUGGGUUGUAUAGUAUAUAUUUCUAUAAAUAAUGUAUUGGUUGCAGAAUUCUAAUGUUAUAGUGAAAUGUUGAAAUGCAACUUUAGGUAUGUGCUUUAACUACUGCCGCAAGAGAGACAAUUAUGCCUUUGUAGUGCAGAAUACCAGUGUCAUCUAUUAAUUGUUCUCAAUUACAGUUUUAGCAUUUUAGCAAAUUACUAUGGAAGUCAUAAUCAGCUGAAAUUGUCCUGGCUGUAUUAUCUGUUUGGGAAAUUAAUAGUAUAUUCAUAAAGAAUCUUCAAGUUCAUUGGAAAAGAAAUACUGAAGCAUGUACAAUUUCCUGCAAGUUGGACAGGCCUAAGGUUGUGCUGACAUAAAUUUGUACCUGGACACCCCCCAAAUUCAAAUUUGGCAAUGAAAAUUCUUAAAGGUUUCCAGUCAUUUUUAGAGCAAAUACCUCCAAAUAAUUGGUUAAUGAUUUUCUUUAUUUCAUGGGACAAUUUCUUUUAUAAAUACUUUGUUUAAAUUUUAGAUUGUAUUUUUUCUCAUUACUUAAUUUUAAAAUGAUGAAUCCAGUUUUUAAUUAGCUGUUAUUCCAAGCUAUCAUGCUUUAGCUAUGUCAACAGCAUUUAUUUGUACUAAUGCUAAUAUUUCCAUCAAAAUUUGCCUGCAGAGCAUAUAUAGUUCUAUUUUAAAAUGCCAAUACUUGAGAUAUAUUGUAUGAAGCUAUUGUCAGCUUCUCUAUUUCAAAAUGCAAUCAGUAUAUAACUAUAUUGAUAUCAGAUAAUAUUUGUUUUUUAAAUAUAUUGAUGUAUGAUAAAGAUGACCUAAUUUGUGAAUGCAUAUGUGCGUGUGGUUACUUUUUAUAAUGUGAAAUAAUGAAUUAUGAAUUUAUUAAAAAUAAAACAUAGGUUAAUGCAGUACCUGUAUAUUUGUGAAGAAAGUUUUAAAUCAUUUUCUGCAAUUUUUACUUUCUAAUUAAAAGUAAGGAACAAUAGUUUAUUAACAAGUAAAAGAAGGAGUAUUCUGGUCAGAUUAUGGAAGAUUAUCUAGUUUGAAAAUUAAUUGUCCAAAUUUUAUUCUUCUUUUCCUUCCUGAUAUCUGCUUUUUGGCCAUUUUGGUGAUCCUAAAAGGUUGGGAAUUGAAAUAAAAUUGAGCAAUCAGCCAUUCACAUUAUGAUGUCAAUAACCAAGAUCUGGUAGACUGACUGAAGUUUGACACUUCCUGCAAAUUUCAUUUAUCCAUAUCCCCUCUGUUUCUUAUCAUCCAUAAUGUAGACUCUUAAUACACUGUUCUCUAGAACAGAGAAUCUUAAAGUCUUUAAUAGGGAGUCUAAGAUCCAUAACUGAAAACUCUAAUCUUUAGUCAGCCUUUAAUUCUGUCAAUAAGAACAGUAAUAAAGAAGUUGGGUGCAUUUCCUUGGUUUGCACUCCUCAUUUCUAUAAGCUUGGAUUAGCUUGAGUUGGAAUUUGAUGUUGGAAGUAAAACUUGUAAUUAUACCUCAGUGGCCUGUUACUAAUUCAGAUACAGCAUAUUUAUUGCCCAGUUUUCAAAACGUGGCAAUUCGAUUCAAUGAACAUUUUAAGGAUAUUUUUAGGGCAAAGCAAUAUGUGGGGACCCAGCACUAGAUAUUGAUGCUAAAUACUUAAACAUAACACCUAGUAAACCUUUUCCUAUAUUUAGUUAUACUAAAUCUUGAGAUUUCUAAGAAAAGUGAUCUGUUUGCAUCUUUCAGGAGAGAAUGUAGGCAGUAUUGUUAAAAUUCUGAGAGAUCACUGUGAAACUUCUAAAACUUAGAUUAAAUUUCCCUAAGGGUAUACACUGAAACACCAGCAAUAAAGAACAGGACCAAUUCAUGCCUUAAAUAAUAAUGUGUUAAAUUAUAUCAGGUUCUUACUAUAUAGUAGUGUCUGACGACAUAUGAGUUCAACCACAUUUAUUUCUGUUCAGUGGUAUCCUGUUCUCUCAAGCAGUCCCUUUUCCAGUCUUUGCCUUCUUAAAAGAUGUGAAAUACAGUUUUAUCAUGGCAACAUCCAUCCUAUAAAUCUGUGCAAAAAUAGUAUUUGGAUAUUCAGGAGCUUAAGGUAGGUGUGUAUGAGAGAGAAUCAAUUCAAGGGGAAUUGGUUCUAGUCUGAGAGUGGGAAUAAUGUACAUGAGACUUAUUGAAACAUGAUAAUAGACUAACAUGCAAUUUAGAAGAAAGAAAGCUGAAUUAAAAACAUUUUGGUAGUAUUGUCCAAGAUUCAUCAGCUCCAUACAAGCAUUAUUAUGAGUUUAUGUAAAUAUAGUUUUAAUUUUAUUUUGUCUGUUCAGUUUUUUUUCAGUAGAAAAGCAUUCUGAAGAUUGAUGAGUAGUAACAGGUAGGUAGAUGGAAAAUGUGGUUUCACAUCAGUGGUGUCAAAUUCAAAUGGAAAUGGGAUUCCUGCAGGCCUCAUUCAUUAACUUUUAAAAGAUCACCCCUCAAUAUCAACUACAUUGUAUUUUUAAAAAAUAUUUCCCAGUUACAUUUUAAUCUGGUUUGGGCUACACUGAUAUGCAGGUGGAGAGUUUAAUAUCUCUGGUUUACCUGGCCCUUUAAAAAAAUAUCAGGUAUUGAAAUCAAUCUGUGAUGAAGAUGAUACGUCAUUGAGGUAUAUAAGCCUGAAAUUCUAGCAGAGAAAGCAUUCAAAAAUUUUUAUCGUUGUUGUAUAGUUGCACCUGAAGACUAGUGGGCAUUCAGUUGAAGAAUAAUGUCUUUUAAGAUGCUAUUUAUCACAAAUGUGAUUUUGAGCAGGUCAUCUUUAUUUCUUUGAACCUUUUUCUCUAAAAUAAAGUGAUUGGAUAAGA